AUGGCCCAUUACCGAGUGGAGUCGUUUCACAUCAACAUCGGUGCCGGCGAUGCAGCAAUUCAUCUGCUCACCUCAGAGCCAGUUUUUGGAGACGGAAGACGGCUCGUUGAGCAAGCAUGGAUGAUUGAUGGCGGCCGCGCCCCGGGCAAUGCGGUCCAAGCAGCGCUUGAGAACACAAUUCAACAGAUCGAACUUAAUUAUGUCUGCCAACGACCGAAGCUUCAAGACAACCCUAAUCAAGGAGCUUACCGUUGGUUGUACUUUGACGGGUUCGUCAUCACCCAUUGGGACGGAGAUCACUAUGAGGGUGUCAUUGCAUAUCUCUUUAAGCUGGCUAGAGACGCUGCCAACCAAAACCUUGGUAACAAUAACCCGUUGAUACUCAACCGAGUAUUUUACGAUGAGGACACCUGGAAGCCCAAGUCGUGGUUUUAUGCACCUUGGAAGAUAAACAAGGAUAACAUGGCAAUUGACAAUGAAAACAAUCUUGCCAUCCAAGUCCAAGACAACAAUGGUCAAACCAGACAAGCGAUCGGUACCCUUAGAGCGAGAUGGGAUUACAAGGCACUGUUGGGACGCAAUUUCUUCAUGAGCUGGGACGACGACAACGGUUGGGAACAGAAAUGGCCACAGAUGGGCACGCUGGACGGGCUGUUGGCACAAAAUCCCCCAAGGCAACCCGGUUCGCAACAAUAUGCCAAGUAUCCAGGCCUUUACUGCGUGGCAGUGUCCGAACGAACCCUGUAUAACGGCGCCAAUGCGCUACACACGCCGCAGAACAAGUCGAGUAUUGUGCUCUUGGUUAUUUGGGGCGAUAAGCACAUCUCCCAUUACUUUGCGGGAGAUGCACAUGACAGCCUGGAGAAGAAUAUAGCGGAUUGGACGAAAUACAAAACGCCUGAUGGGGGUGUCCAUGACCGUCAAGUGACAUCGAUGAAGUUGAGCCACCACGGUUCACGAUCGUCCAACCCCCCUCAGAUGAUAGUGGACUUUAGCCCUCGCAACGUUGUCGUCUCUGCGGGCUUACAAUACGGCCACCCCAGGUGGGAGAUUAUUUGGAUUCUCGCGUCAUGGUUUCGAUUCCAAAAGGCCAUUGAUGCAUCAGAAAAUAAAGCCCCUCGCUGGCGACCAUUUUUGCCUUGCCAGCUGCCUUCAUAUCUCCUCAAGAACGAGUAUGGUAUGUAUGAUCCGCAUAAAUGGAGUAUCGGCGAGAUGUACGACCCGAAUGGAACUCUACGGCCGUGGUUGGACGCAUAUCAGGAGCAGUACAUCGAGGAACGUAACGAGAAAGGGCUUAUGGCAAUCCCCCUAUCACCAUUGGAGGAGUUUGCAGACUGGGUUAACAAGUACAAAGUUUUGUUCAAAAAAGAGCCAGACGAGAAUGUACAACGCCAGAAAAUCUGCGAUAUGACCUAUAGCAUGAUGGCGAACCUCACUUCGCUCCCCUAUGGCCCAGAACCUACAUGGGUCAGCAACAUUGUCUGGACUACAGAUUUUUGGGGGUUUCGUUACCCAAAUAACAUCCCUCGACUCGGCGUGCAGAAGGUUGUGGCUAUUAACAUCAUCUCAGCACCAAGCGACUCCGGCUUUGAUGGGAUGGUUGAGGUUUUGUACCAGAACCAAAAGCCAUUCAUAUUUUCUGAUUCCUCCUUCGUUUGGAAGCUCCCACAUGUAAACACCUUGCAUGCUUUCGCCAUUGCCAACAAAGAAGAACCGCGGAGAGUCAGUCUCUAUGCAGAUCCAGGCGAAGACAGGCCUGGUGCGUGGGACUUGUCCAGGGGAAACCCCAAAUUCCCCAAAAAGGCGACCAAGAGCACGAAGAGAAAUAACCACCAGAGGCAGGGGUCUUGGAUUGAUGUCGGUCUUCUGGACUCAUCCGAGUCCGAGUCUGAUGAUGAUUCAUGGAGUGAUAUCGAUGGCGAGGCCAAGACGUUGGUAGUAGAGCGGCGCCAUGUUCCUCUUCAUAUUGCGGCUUCACCAGCCGUUUAUAUUGCUUCAGAAUCGCUAAUCUCCGAAAAGGCCAAAUUCCCGGCCGGUGUGCCGGUCAUACCGCUUCCAAGAGAACAUGAUCACUUUGGCUUUGUUGACACUCUACACUAUAGACUCUUUAGUUUGAGAUCCAUACCAAAUGCCAAGGAGGAAGCGUUGCUUGCCGAUGAUGAUGAGUGGUUCCUCUGGUUCCGUCUCUUCUUUCAGUGGGACUAUGACAGUCCGGGGACACCUGCUGGCUUCAACCUGGCAAUGACACCAGCUGUUUGGCCACUCAACAGUUCCACUGGACUAGAAUUCAAGCUCACGUUUCCUUUUGGAGGUCGAUUGUUGACCAUGAGCACUUCUGCCGGUGCAGAGCUGACGUUCUCCGAUGUCAAAGUUGACAAACUGGCUCUGCAAAGCAUGCUAGUCAAGCGCCGCACAUUGGUUUUUGGGCUGGAAGCACUGCCUACAGACAAGCCCCUUGUGACAAUGCUUGGUGAGGUGGCUGGCAUGGUAACCAGUGAUCCAACUCUGUCCGGGCAUCCCGUGCUAAAGUUGUUCGGACCAAUCGAGCUCACUCUCAAUACAACAAAAGUCUUCCGCAACGCCCUCUGGUUCCGUCCAAGCAUCAACUAUCAGACACACUUGCGUCUUGGGUUCCAAGCCAACCACUCUGUCUUUAGUAAAUGGCUAGGCAAGUGCCUCCCCAGCAUCACGAUCGAGAGUGUCACCGUGGUUGCUCGCAAGAAGGCACAGUUUGCCUUUGGGCGUGACGCCGAUAGGAUCGAACCAGAGGGCAGUCUUACUUUUCUUCUGCAGUUCUCCAUACCGGGCCUUGGCUUUGAUGCGGCCCUGACCUUGGAGACGUCUUCAGCGAUAUUGACCUUGACGAUACGUAAACCAAAAACAGCACUUGAGAUUAACGCCAUGCGUGAGGAUGCUCUUGACGCUAUUGUGGCCUGGCUCUGCACAACCUUGAAGCUCAAAUCACUUGAGAUAACGGAUAUACUGGACAAGGCAAAGUCUGAAGAUGGGGGUGCUGUCGAUAGAAACACCAUUUUCCCACGCCGAAUGCAGCUUAUGCUGAACCUCAAUAAGGAGGGUAACAUAGAGGGAGUCGAAUCGGUCGAUAUAACACUCGAGGCUUGUCUCAAGAUCGGAAAAUCUUCCGCGGCCGCCCUCGCCAAGAAGCCCAUCUUGUUCCUGCUCAAGUUUGGAUGGUCCAAGUCACUCGGCGUGUUCCUCAAGGGCAAUCUUUGGUGUGCUGUACCUGAAACUCCCUAUGAUGUGUAUGGAAAAGCGUUGCCCGAGUACGAACCAUACAUGGAGCUGGAUCCGUUGACAGACCCGGACCCGGAUAACCAACUACGUACCUUGGACAUUGAGAACCUCCUCACAUCCCCCAGCGGCGAACCGUUCAAGCUACCCGCUGGUAUUCCGACGCAGAUCUACCGUGCCGAGAUUGAGCUGUCACAAGAAAAGAUCUGGUUUAGUGGUGCUAUCCGCUGUCCAACACCAAAUCGGGAUACAGCAGACAGGACUAAGCCGCCGCCCAUUGCACUGGAAGACCUUCAACUAGAUGCAGGGUAUAAUUGGGGAGUCAAGAGCCCCGAUGACAAAGGUUUCAGCAUGAGACUUGCAGUCGCCAUCAAACUAUAUGAGAAUGGAAAAUUAGAUCCAGACAAGGACCCAGACUUGCAGGAGCUGCAGGCUGCCAACCUUCACGGCAUGCUUUCAUAUGACAAGGGCAACUGGAAGUUAGCUGCUGACGUUUCGAAUCUAAACAUCGGACACUUGGCAUCGUUUUGGCAUAAUGGUGACCAGAACGACGUGAUUGACUUUCUCGGAAAGAUCGAAAUCGAAUACGCCGGGCUCGAGUAUAGUUAUGCCAAGGGGGGUGCUGGAACCCACUUCAAAUUCACUGGUGUUCUGGCUCUCGGCGAGAUUCUCAAGCUCGGUCUCACGUACGAGAAUGAGGGAUCUGAUAAUUGGUUAUUUGAGGGUAGUCUUGCGGCUGAAAGCAAAGAUGGUACGGCCUGCACCAUAGAACAGGUUCUUGAUGCUCUUAUCGACCCAAAAAACAUAGCCGGCCUGCCCACAGCCAUCCUAGGCGCGAAGCUGGAUGGCAAGAGAGGGGAGAAGCCGUUGCGUGUUCUCUGCGCAAAGCACAAGACGAUGACUGUAUUUGCCCUCCUCAUCAACAUUGGAAGCAUUUCGCUUUGGUUUGUACAGUUCCGGUCAGAGGGAAAGCUAGUUAAGCGCCUCGUCAAGGCUGCCAUCAGCAAGAUCUCAGUCGACGUGCCCGUCUUCAACACCACUCUCGACAGCCCCUUUGAGCAGAUGUUCUUCAUGUGGGUUCAGGACACGAGCUACAAGCCGGAUGAAAAGAGCGAUACGGCUGUCCCUGGCAUAUCGCAGGCCGAGUUCGAGAUCCUGAAGGAGUGCUUGACGACUAAAGCCCAAAUUCCAGAAGAAGAGUUCUUAUUGUAUAAGCCAAGGAAACAAGAAAAGGCAGCUGAUACUGAAAUUGUAGUUUCUGCAGGCUCGCACUUUGUGGUGGUGGCAAAGAGCCCAUCAGCCGGCAAGACAAGUGUCAUUCUCGACUAUGCUUUUGGCAAGCCAAACAAGAAGUCUGGCGGCAAGAAGUCAAGUAUAAGAUUUUACGACGGACAGAAUAGGGCGCUCAUGGCACCCAAAGACGGGAAAGAUGGGAAAGUUGGGCCGCCUGACCCGACAGGGUCCGAGAAGGGUUCCAAGGCACCGCACAAGAUGACGCUUGGCCCGCUCUCUGUUGAAAAUAUCGGUCUCUGGUACAAAUCAGACGAGAACGGCGAUGGUGUUCUGGGCAUCACUCUCGAUGCCACGCUGUUGAUGGGUCCUAUCGGCAUUGCACUGCUGGGCUUCACCAUCGGUGUGCCCCUGAACAGCACAACCAGCCUCUCGAAUCCACCAUCCUUAGGUGACAUUACAUUCGGUCUCCAGGGCCUCAUCGUCUCCCUAGACCGUCCACCACUGACCGUUGCGGGCGGUUUCAUACACGAUACAUCGGAUCCCAAGGUCGACAUGUACGUGGGAGGACUGAUUAUCGGCUUCAAGCCGUGGAUGUUCCAAGCUAUGGGUGUGUAUGCAACCGUCAGCAAGGAUGACAUUUCCAAGCCAUCUUCAUCUUCCGUCAUCAGUCUAUCCCCAUUCAGCCAAAACAUGCGCUUCACAGACGAUGGAGAGGAGAAAGAUGAAGAGGGCAACAAAUUCACCUUUGCAUUCAUCUUCUGCAAGCUCAACGGACCGUUGUUUUCUGUGGGAUUCGCAGACUUUGCCGGUCUGGUCGGUGGUUUCGGCAUGAACUCUGACAUUGCUCUGCCUACUGUCGAGCAAGUCGUCGAGUUUCCCUUCGUUGCCGAGCGUGGAGAGGGGACAAAGGAAACGCCCGUCGACACGAUGAAGCGGCUGAUGCGAGGCAUCUGGUUCCGUCCCGCCGAAGGGCUGUACUGGGCCGCUGCCGGAGUUCGUAUCACGGCGUUCCAGAUGCUCGCUGCGAAUAUCGUCAUCGUGGUGCAGUUUGGAGCUGGCUUGCAGUUUGGGCUGUUUGGAGUCGCCACGUGCGAUGUCCCUGCUUUGGAGUCGCCCGUCAAGUUUGCCCAUGUUGAGCUCGGCAUCAUCUGUACCUUUGACGUGAACCGGGGCAUCUUCAAGCUUGAGGCGCAAUUGUCGCCGCGUUCGUUUGUCCUGGCGCCGCAGUGCCAUCUCACCGGCGGAGUGGCCAUGUAUGCAUGGUUCAAAGACGACGUCAAAGACAACAUCGCAGCUGGAGAUUGGGUCCUCACCUUGGGCGGAUAUCACCAAGCAUUCAGUCCACCGUCGCAGUAUCCAAAGCCGCCGCGUUUAGGAAUUAGCUGGUCGUUGGAUUCUUGCCUCAGUGUAACAGGCGAGGCUUACUUUGCCAUCACACCAAAGGUAUGCAUGGGAGGCGGCCGAUUGCACGCGGCACUCAGUCUCGGCGCUCUCUAUGCCUGGUUCGACGCGUUUGUUGAUUUCCUAAUCAACUUUGAGCCCUUCCACUUCCAGCUGCAAAGUCGUCUCUCUGUGGGAGUGCGAUUCACCAUGGAUCUGUGGAUCGUCACGGUUCGCAUCAAUGCCGAGGUCAGCGCUACACUCGACAUGUCUGGUCCGCCCUUUGGAGGCGUCGUGCAUGUUGACUUCUGGGUGUUUGGUUUCGACGUGAACUUUGGAGCUCCGCCACAGCCACCUCCGGCCGUCACUCUCGAGCGCUUCUGGAACGUUGUGCUCAAGUCGUCUGGGUCAUCGCCUCCAUCGAUGCUCACAUCAGAUGAUGUGAUGAAGAAGGACGACAACAAAAAUGACGACAAGAAGAAGCAGGACAAUCCAGCCAUCCUGCUAACAUGCGAGUCUGGCCUCGAACCGGCGCCUCCAGGAACAACAGCCAAAGAUGAUGAUCCUUGGCUGGUGCGCGGUGGCAGUUUUUCCUUCUUGGUCACAUUCCAGUUUGCCAUCAAUAAGGCAUCCGUCGUCGAAUUACGCGAUGGUAAAGACCGCAAGUGUGCAUCUGCCAAGAUCAAAGCAGAGCAUCAAAAGGUCUACGGGAAGCCUAUGCAGCUUACCGACUCGCUAACUUCUGAGGCUACAAUCCUGGUUGAGUCGACCACGCCAAAACCGUUGGACGACCAUCGGUUCAGCAUUAUGAAGGACUGGCAGGCGAUGGAGUGGCGGAUUGAGCCUAUAGUAAAGCCUGUGCAGAGUUCCAUCUGGGGAAUAUAUAACCGCAGCGAAGAUCCAAGUGUCGCCGGUAAUCAUGUCAAACAGCUGCUCAAUGGUGAAAACACAACCAUCCCUCUAGUCAUGGGCCUGGCAAUCAAACCGCCUUGUCCCGGUCUCGCCGAUGACAAGGUUAACCCGUUCAACAUUGUGCAAGAUAGAAUGAAGCAAGUAUUUGACGAUGGGGACAAGAAGAAGCACAACUCGUACUUCCCCAACACUCCCUACUCAGACAAGGCUUGGUUGCCGAAGGGACAGAGCGAGUCCUGGCAGCAAGUACAGAAGACGUGGCAGGAUAUUGGCCGCAAGACACCCGAGGAUGCCGUGAAAAUAUGGGCAAAGAGAUUGGGAUUUGAGGUAAAGAAAGAUGAAGUGACGAAAACGGGAGAUGAAAAGGACAGUGAUGACCCUGAGAAGGUCAAGAAGAGAGCUGCUCCGCUGGUUGGAACGCCACCCAAGGAGCUGUUACGACGGUUUAAGACCAUGGUGCCAGCUGUUCCGUUGGUAGCAGUUGGAUAUUAG